CAGCCAUGGUCUGAAGCGGGCGCCUCACCUGUCAGCCGCCGGCGCCUGUGCUCGCCCUGCGCCCUCGUGACCACCGCGCACCUAGCUCCUCGGCGGCCGGGCGGCCGCGGAGCCCCGGCCACCAUGAUACAUUUCAUAUUGCUUUUCAGUCGACAGGGAAAAUUGCGGCUGCAGAAAUGGUACACGACUCUCCCUGACAAAGAGAGGAAAAAGAUCACCCGGGAAAUUGUCCAGAUUGUUCUCUCGCGUGGUCAGAGGACAAGCAGUUUUGUUGACUGGAAGGAACUAAAACUUGUUUAUAAAAGGUACGCUAGUUUGUAUUUUUGCUGUGCAGUUGAAAAUCAGGACAACGAGCUCCUGACGCUAGAGAUCGUGCAUCGUUAUGUGGAGCUGCUGGACAAAUACUUCGGAAAUGUCUGUGAGCUGGAUAUUAUCUUUAAUUUCGAAAAGGCUUAUUUUAUCCUGGACGAGUUUAUAAUGGGCGGAGAGAUUCAGGAAACAUCCAAAAAAUCUGCUGUGAAAGCCAUUGAAGAUUCUGAUAUGUUACAGGAGACAAUGGAAGAAUAUAUGAACAAGCCUACGUUUUAACUGUGCCUCUCUACUUGAAGACUCCCAAGUGCUCCACGCCGUGAGCCUGUAAACUAGCAGUGCCUGCCACCCAGUUCUUUGACCGAGCUCAUGACCUGGCAUCAUGCCAAAAAUAACCUAAAAGGGAUCCUUUGUUAACUAGCAAUAAGUUGUUUCACAUAACAUAUUUAUCAUUAUUACAUAUCUGUAUUAUGCUGUACAUAUCUACUUAUUGUAGCUCUGGAUGUCCCAAUAACUGCUUGAUGACUCCGUAGACUGGACAUCUGUCUGCAGUGCUCUAACUCCAGGUGAUAUUUUUUAGCUAAUUUAAGUCAAGGUGGUGCAAUAUGUGUUUCGUUGCAUUCCAUCCUCCACUGACAGCUGAAUAAAUAACCCAUCAUUUUGAAUGUAAAA